AGUACUUUCUCUUCCCAGUGACUUCUUGUGUCUUUUGUUCUUAAUGGGCUGUUGAUUCAUGGCUUGUUGACUGAGUUUCCGGUCAUGGGUGUUUUGCAUUUUUUAGCUUUAAGUCACAUAAGAGUUCUUCUUUGUUGUUGGCUUGGUGGGUUUCUCUUGAUUCUGUGCUCUGGCUUGUCGAAGACUGUUUUUUAAAUUUUGCGUACUGGGUUUUGCUUUUAGUAUUUUACCAUUUACCAGUAACUCCCUGCAAGAGAGCUGGUACGUUGGUGGGGGGGUUGACUGAACUUUCCAAGGUCAGAAAUUUAGGAUUUUUAUCAAUCGAAGUGCUUUUCUUGGGUUCCUUUAAUUCAAAUCCCAUUUUUGUAUGAACGAAGAUAAUAAGCCCAAGUGAGAGAAUCAUGUUGAAGUCAUUUAAAGAAGGUUUUGCUUACGCCUACUGUUUUCGCUGUGUUCUGUUUCCUUAGUCGCUUCAAUCACACAAGCAAGGUUUUUAAGCUACUAUUUGGUGAAGUUACUGUUUUAGUUUCCUUAUUUUCUUUUUUCCGUUAAUAUAUUCCUGCUGUUAUCAGAGUUCUGAGGUAGUUAGCAAAGCAGCUUCUCAUAAUCAUAAGUCAUAAACCAUCUCUAAUUGCCAAUUUCUUAUGGCUCUUAUUGGGAUUGGGUUAAUACUUUGUGGUACCAAUUGAAACAGAAUACACUUUUUGAUCAUGUGACUAAUUGGUGGUCUUAUCCUGCCCUGCCCUAAUAGACAUUAGUAUAAUUAGUCUGAGUUGUGCUAAUAUUGUUAAGUCGUUCCCACUUGAAAAUAUGUAUUUGUAUCAUUAUAAUUGGUCUGCUUGUUUAUCCAAGGAAUAACAUGAUUCAUGAGGAAGGCCGCCAAGUGAGCUCUCUUCAUCCAUAAUAUUGAAUCAGCCAUGAGAGAAGUUCUGUUCUAGCUCCACUGCUAAGGUUUUGUGACAAGGGAACUGCUCCUCAAAGUUCUACCCAAACAAAACCUGAUAGUGUGCAUCCAAUGCCUUCAAAUGAUGUAAAUCUCCCAGAUGGGAAUGCGACUGAUACAAGGGAUUCCCCUGAGAUUAUCAGCAUGUUGAGAGAGCCAGCUGCUGCAGAGAAAGUUUUGCUGGGCUUACUUGGCCCUGAUGAUACCAAGAUUAUGCAGGAGUAUGAUGACGGUGGUUUGAGGCAAAACUUAUCCUACCAUGCCCUUGCUGCCUGCCUCCACUUUGCCAUGUGGCUAAGGGAAAAUGGAGAGUCUUCCUUAGCCUCCAGGGAGCGCGAUGAAGCCAGAGCUCGUGUUGCAGAGCUGGAGGAAAAAGUUAGAAAUGUUGAGGAGAUAAUGAAGCAUCAGGUCCAAGAAUACAAGUCUAAGCUGAAUGGCCUGCAAAAUGAUGUUGAUCAGCAGAGGCAAAAGGCUGCGUUCUGCGAGAGGAAAUGGAAGCAGCAGUUGGCGUUGCAUCAGGAGAAGUCCACUCGUUUGGAAGAGGUUCUGAGGCAGCUUGUGGAAGCUAACUCCAACCUUGCCAAGGAUACUCAAAGUCUUGACGUGGCCAGAACACGUAUCGAAAAGCUGACUGGUGCCCUCACUCGGACCAGGAAGCUCUACAAGCAGGCUGAGGUUGAAGUGAAGAAAGUUCAGCAGGACUGCGAAAUGGAUAGGAUCCUUGGGGAAAUAGAGAAGGAAGAGCGUGUGAAAAAAAGGAUUGCUCUGACCACUGAGCUAGAGCUGGUAGAGGACUUCCAAAACCAAAACCAGAAGGAAGGUGGGAUCAUGCCAACGCUGGAGCUAAACAAAGAUGUUAGCAAGCAGGUGAAUGAGGCCAAAAACGUUGAUGGAGAAGUGGAGGCCCAGCAUCCUUCGACUUUCUGGACAAGGUGCCAUUGCUGCAACGUUCGUUAUAAGUUUAGCAGGGUUCAUGUAAAUCACCUUCUCCGCUGCCAGGCAUGUUCAGCGGCCUUUGUAGCCACAGAAGAAGUCUCCACCAUCUACAGAAGAAGACACCUUGUUGAUACUGGAAGUCAAGUAACUGCUAGUGGCAGGAAGCCCCCAGAUCAUGGAAUGGUCUCCCUAAAAGGCCCCGGAGGAAGCUGAAGACCCAAACGGACAUGGAUGGAGAGGAAUCCGAUGAUGCAUUGCAGAAUGAAGAAAGGGGGUGGUUAAGAAAAUACAUAUUUUGUAAACUUCUUGUUUUCUUGGCCUAUCUAACUAACGGUAACCCUUUUUGUAUGGUCAACUAGCAAAGCCCUUUUUGACUACACUAAUAGUGGGAUCUGCACAGAUACCAACUGCAGUAUUAUCAUAUCAAUGAUUCCAAUCAUUAACAUCAAACCUCUUUCAACA